CAUCUGCCGGUGCGGAGCCUCGCGCUGGGGCCGGGGCCGGGACCGGGGAGCCUAAGCAUCCUUUCGCCACGCCCGGGGGGAGAUCGGGGACCCCCCAAAACCCUCUCUCCAGACCUGGCGUCUGGUCCGUUUCGUUGCAGGUUCAGCUGUUGCCCCCUGCAGUCCCGAUCACCUUCCUCCCGCGCGCGGCCCGGCUGCCCGAUGAAGCCGGGGCUGGGCUCGGUCCAGCCGCAGGGAGGGCGCGCGCCCGGGCCAUGGUGCGGCUGAGCCCCGCGCUCGGGUGAAGACGGGCGCGCCCCGGAGGGUGCCUUCCCCAGGAGCCGCGAUGUUCAGCUGGCUGGGAAGCGACGAUCGCCGGAGGAAGGACCCCGAGGUCUUCCAGACGGUCAGCGAGGGGCUGAAGAAACUCUACAAGAGCAAGCUGCUGCCCCUGGAAGAGCACUACCGCUUCCACGAGUUCCACUCGCCCGCCCUGGAGGAUGCCGAUUUCGACAACAAGCCCAUGGUGCUGCUGGUGGGCCAGUACUCGACGGGGAAAACCACCUUCAUCAGGUACCUGCUGGAACAGGAUUUCCCAGGCAUGAGGAUUGGGCCUGAGCCAACCACCGACUCCUUCAUCGCAGUGAUGCAAGGGGAUGUGGAGGGGAUCAUACCUGGGAAUGCCCUGGUAGUGGAUCCCAAGAAACCCUUCAGGAAACUCAACGCCUUUGGCAAUGCCUUCUUGAACAGGUUUGUGUGUGCCCAGCUGCCCAACGCUGUGCUGGAGAGCAUCAGUGUCAUUGACACGCCUGGAAUCCUCUCUGGGGAGAAGCAGAGGAUCAGUCGAGGGUAUGACUUUGCAGCCGUCCUAGAGUGGUUCGCUGAGCGAGUGGACCGCAUUAUCCUACUUUUCGACGCCCACAAGCUGGACAUCUCUGACGAGUUUUCAGAGGUCAUCAAGGCCCUCAAGAACCACGAGGACAAGAUGCGGGUGGUGCUGAACAAGGCCGACCAGAUUGAAACACAGCAGCUGAUGCGUGUGUAUGGGGCCCUCAUGUGGUCCCUGGGGAAGAUCGUGAACACCCCAGAAGUAAUCCGGGUCUACAUCGGCUCCUUCUGGUCCCACCCCCUCCUCAUCCCUGACAACCGGAAGCUCUUUGAGGCUGAGGAACAGGACCUGUUCAGAGAUAUCCAGAGUCUGCCCCGAAAUGCCGCCCUGCGCAAGCUCAAUGACCUCAUCAAGAGAGCCAGGCUGGCCAAGGUCCAUGCCUACAUCAUCAGCUCUCUGAAGAAGGAAAUGCCCUCGGUGUUCGGGAAAGACAACAAGAAGAAGGAGCUGGUGAACAACCUGGCUGAUAUCUAUGGCCGGAUCGAGCGGGAACACCAGAUCUCACCCGGGGACUUCCCCAACCUGAAGCGGAUGCAGGACCAGCUUCAAGCCCAGGACUUUAGCAAAUUUCAGCCACUGAAGAGCAAACUACUAGAGGUGGUAGAUGACAUGCUGGCUCAUGACAUCGCCCAACUCAUGGUGCUGGUGCGCCAGGAGGAGACCCAGCGGCCAGUCCAGAUGGUGAAGGGUGGAGCAUUCGAGGGCACCUUGCACGGCCCUUUUGGGCAUGGCUAUGGAGAGGGGGCUGGUGAGGGCAUCGACGACGCUGAAUGGGUGGUAGCCCGGGACAAGCCCAUGUAUGACGAGAUCUUCUACACCCUGUCCCCGGUGGAUGGCAAGAUCACAGGCGCUAAUGCCAAGAAGGAGAUGGUGCGCUCUAAACUGCCCAACAGUGUUCUGGGCAAGAUCUGGAAGCUGGCCGACAUCGACAAGGAUGGUAUGUUGGAUGAUGAAGAAUUCGCCCUGGCCAACCACCUCAUCAAGGUCAAGCUGGAGGGGCAUGAACUGCCCAACGAGUUGCCCGCCCACCUCCUGCCUCCAUCCAAGAGGAAAGUGGCUGAGUGACAGGGCUUGCAGACAGGCAGUGUUAGAGGAGGAGACUGGCAUGGUCCACACACACACACACACACACACACACACACACACACACACACACACAUUAACAGUUGCACGGUAGCUGAGGAUGGAUGGUGACCUCCAUAUUUCCAGGCUGUACUUAGUUUGGACAACUCUCUGAGUGCUCAGGAUUGGUGGGACAACAGCAGUACCCCCAGAUCCCAAGCUGUCAGCUCAUGUCUUCCCAUCCUGUUCUGUCUGUCUCCUACUCCCCAGAGACCUGAGGCCAUUCACUGGCUGAUAAGUGAUCCACCCAUUCCCCCAGUACCUCCACACCUGAGCUCGGAGCACAUGGGCUUUUCAUUUCAUAGGCAAUGUACUUUCUUUACUGUGCUUUUAUUUUUCCCUCUUGGGCUUCCUAAUAAGAAAUCUACUCAGGGGCUGGUCAAUAUGAGGGAAGGGCAGCUAUAGGGAGGAGGCAUGAGCUG